AUGAAUGAAGAUUUGAAAGAUCUGAGUAAAUAUGAAUAUAGGGAAGAGACGGAUAGUAAUUCAAGGACAUCAAAUUCGGAUGAGGAAGAGAUUGAAGAAGAAAUAGAUAUAUAUUUGAAUAAUGUAAAUGAAAACAACCUGAACAACAUAUAUACAUACUUGAUACAGUACCCGUUGAGGCCAAAAUAUAGGCCUUACAAUUUUACUAAUAAUAUACAAAAAAUAUAUAAAUGUAAAAAUUACAACAAAUUAAGAAAUAUAAAAAAUAAUUUCAACACAAAUGAAGAAACGUACAUAUUUGAGUAUAAGUUGCAUGAACAUAUGAAAGAAGAAGAUAUUCAUGAAUCUAACACAACAUAUAAAGAGGAACAGAACGAUAAAAGUAUAAGUAGAUUAAUUAGUACUAGUGUUUUAUGUGAAUAUAUUACAAACUGUGUGUGUAUAUUUAAGUACAAUGAUAUAAAAAAAAAAAAAGAAAUUUAUAUGAUACCAUUAAAACAUAUAUAUCAGUUUAAGCCAUGUCAUGAUAAUAUAAAAUUCGAUAUAAAUUUUGAAGAAAAAAUAAAAACUAGUGAAUCGCUAUCUGCAGAUAAUUUAAAAGAUAGUAAUAUAGAUAUAAUAGAAAAUAACAAGUAUAUAAAUGAUAACAAUUUUACAAAUUCAAUGGAUGAUAGGUGGAGUAAAAUUGUUAAUAUAUAUGAACCCGAUUCAUAUGAGGCAAAUGAAAUAGUAUCUCUAUUUACUAAUUUGAAUGAAACAAAUUGCAUGUUUGAAUACCAAAGUAAUGGGGAUGAUACUGCAAAGAAUACUUGUGUUAGUAGUAGUAUUAGUAGCAGCAACGGUAGGAGGAAGGACGACAUUAAAGAAAUACGAUUUAACAGUGAUGCGUACUUAUACUUGAAUCAUAUUUGUAAAAAUGCCAAGGAAGAUAACUAUAACCAUAUACAAAAUGACGAGAGCAGUAAAGAACGGAGAGCAAAAGAAUGUAGUAAAUAUAACAACAUAUAUAAACAAGAAGAGGAUAUAUGUAUGAAUAUAAAUAUGCUUUAUUUUUUCUCCUUAAAUUUAGACGAACAGAUAUUAAAAAUAUUGAGGAUGAAAAAUGUACAGAGUUUUAGUGAAAUUCAAAAAAUCAUCAAAAAAAAUGUAGAUGAUGAAAAGCUGAUAAGUACUGUUAAAAAGUAUUGUGUUAAUGUAUUAGGAUUAUGGGUAAUAAAAUCGAAAUAUUUAUAUAAAUUUUUAAAAGGUAAAGAAAAGAAGAGUGAAAAUGAAAAGAAACUAGAAACUUUUUCUUAUGUCGAUUAUAAGAUUCGAGUUCGUGAUUUGUUGUUAGUAAUUAUAUUUAAACAGGUGGAGCCUAUAUUGCUAAAAUAUGUGUACGAGAGAAGAGUAGAAAAUAGAUCGAAGAACAUGCAGAUCAAGUCUGACCAUAGUUGCAGUAAUAAUAAUAAUAAUAGUAUAAGUAGUACUGUUGGUAGAAUUGGCAGCAGCGCUGACAGUAGUGUUAGCGGCUCGUCGAAGAAGAUUAAUUCGUCGACGUCCAUUAUAAUUGAAAAUUUUGAAAAAGCAACAAACCUAUCAAAUAAUAUUUUAUUGGAAAUGUUUUCCCCUCUAUGUGAAUAUAAAUAUACGGGAUAUUUUUUCAAGCACAAAAUGGAUGAACAUUUUUUGGCUAAUAAUAUAAGUCUGUGUUUAUUUUAUAAUGAAAAGUGGAAAAAGAAAAUGGUAAAAGUUGCUAAAAUUAUACAAACAUAUAAAAAUAGUAAAAUUAUUAUUAAUGAUUAUAAAUUAGAUAUAAGGACGUUAGAAAAAAAUAUCACUGAUUUGUUACAUAACAAUUGUUUAUCAUUUGAUGAUUUAUACAAUAAAAUAAAAAGAGAAUUAAGAAAUACAAAUUUGGAUUUACAAAUUUUUUUACAAGUUUUAAAUAACAUAGCAAUUAAUAUUAAUAAUAUAUGGUUCCUACGAAUAAAUAAUCAAAAUGAUUUCAAUAAAUGUAGAAAUGCAGUUAUUAACAUAUAUCAGAAUAAUCAUAAUUCUGUUUUAACAAAAAAGGACAUAAUUCAUCAUGUAGAAACGUAUAUAAAAUCAUCCCUAACCAUUCCAGAUAUUUAUUUUAGAAAUAUAUUAAAUGAAUUAUGUGUUCAAAAAAAUGGAAAAUAUUUAUUUAAAGGAAAUGACCAAUUGAAGUCUGAAUAUAGCGAGUAA